AUUUUUUACCUUUCUUUGUAGGUCUUAAGUGGAGAAUCAGCAAUUCAGCAUUCUCUGCAUGUGGUACGAGGUAGAAUUGUCAUACUGCAAAACUCUCUACAUGGAAGAGGAGAGGAAUGGGGUGGGAUGGGAUCAGGAAACUCAUGACUUACUUUGUGAUCAUCAUCUCAGUCUCUACAUCUAAAAAGGUCGUGUAGUCUGCAAGAGACAAAAGUAUUGUCUGAGCCCAGCCAUCCACGCUCUUCCUGGAGCAGAGGCCAUGUCCUGUGCUCUGCACGAGAGCUUCCUGGCCAGGA